AAGUCAAAUCCCAGAUACAACGAUGAGGUGAUUAUUUUCAUAGAAGAUGCUAGACCUUUUUCUUACCCCAACCUUAUGUAAGCCGUGGUCAUCAACCCGAUGACUCAGCGCUCCCCCGCCAAAUUCCGCCCGCCGGCCGGCCGUAUCUUUCCGAGGUCGCGGCGAGCGACGACGGCGGCGAAUGAUAGCAACAUUCGACCGAAAAACGAUUCCCUGGAAGUCUGGACAAUUUCUCGACAUACUCUCUCUUGAUUUCGAGUGUGGGAUGCGAAUUGACCUUGUCUGUGCAUAACCCAUCUUUACCUCCGCUGUCCUGCCUCUUGAGGGCUUACACAUCACCAUGGCGAACCUACCGUCCCACGCCUCUCCCACAUUCACCGCACAACAGACCUCCAUACAGCCAGUCGACAAUAUCUCUCUCGCGCCAGAAGAACAGCAAACACCGUCAUCUCCAGAUCCCAGACCACAAAAUGUUCGACAUGGUGACCUAGUGGGUGAGGCCGGGGGCAUUGGAUACACAUCCGGUGAUGUAACUCCUGCUGUCCCGGCCUCGCUCCUCUCGCCCUCCUUUACACCUCCAGCCACUCCAGGGGGGACUUUGAAUGCCGAACGGCUGCUGCAACAGAUGCUACCCCAGACAAUUUCUCACACAAAACCCCCGAAACUCCUCCCACGCCUCCCCAAUGUGGAGUGCAUUGUGCGCGCACGAAUCCCCACCACCAAUGGUGCAGAGAUGUUCCUACAUCUCUAUCUUAAUGACCUAGAUAACAAAGAGCAUCUUGCAAUUGUGUUUGGAAAUACCAUCAGAAGUCGGAGCUUGGACAAGGUGCGACCGGGGGAGACUGAAAUGGAUCGUAUGAUUCGUGGAGCUUACGUGGGUAAACUGCAUCCUGGCCGACUGAGCAGCUGGCACGAUGAUUCCACGGCGACAGAAGGGUCGGCCAGUGCGCCAUUGGUGAGAAUUCAUUCCGAGUGCUACACGGGAGAGACGGCCUGGUCCGCCCGGUGCGACUGUGGAGAACAGCUGGAUGAGGCAGCCCGGUUGAUGUCUCUGCCCAUGGAAACUUUGAACGAGAUCGCUUCGCAACAGGCUCGAUCGGUGCCGUCAAAUGUCUCGGGCGGAGUCAUCGUGUAUCUGCGCCAGGAAGGUCGCGGAAUCGGGCUCGGGGAGAAAUUGAAGGCUUACAAUCUACAAGACUUGGGCUCUGACACAGUAGAAGCCAAUCUUCUACUGCGACACCCUGCCGAUGCCCGAAGCUACGGGUUGGCUACUGCAAUCCUCGUCGAUCUAGGCUUGGGGGAAGAUUGUAACGAGCACGGCAUCCGUUUACUUACCAACAACCCCGACAAAGUACGAGCAAUCGAAGGUCCUAACCGGGAGGUGACAGUGAAGGAGAGGGUUCCGAUGGUGCCAUUGGCGUGGCAGACAGGUGGUAAGAUGGGCAUCAAGAGCUCCGAGGUUGAAGGUUAUCUACGGACCAAGAUUUCCAAAAUGGGUCAUAUGAUUCAAUGAUGCAAAUAUUCUGCGUCGUUUAGUUUUCUCCCUUGAGUCAUUGAUCAGGCAUUGAACCCCGCUUACUUAUUCUUUCUUAUUUAUCUUU